UCAUCAGGGGAUUAAAGAGUGAGAGUCCACGAGAUUAUUACUGUGAGCAUCUCUGUUAGAGAGAGAGAGAGAGAGAGAGAGAGAAUGGGGUUGGUUCUGAAACUGUUGAUGCUACUGGUGAUGGUGAGUGAAUUAUCAUCCGCCAUGGCGGACUAUGUACGGCCGCCUGCUCGUGAGAUGCUCCAAUUUCCAUGGCAACACAGGCAGUCCUCUUCUUAUCCCCAACAGGUUCACAUUUCACUAGCAGGGGAUAAACACAUGAGGGUUACAUGGGUCACAGAUGAUGAUUCCUCUACUUCAGUUGUUGACUAUGGGACAUCUCCAGGAAGAUACACACAAUCUGCCCAAGGUGAAAGCACAUCCUAUAGCUAUAUGUUUUACAGUUCGGGCGAGAUACACCAUGUUGUGAUUGGACCCCUUGAGCCCAGUUCAUAUUACUACUAUCAAUGUGGUGGAGAAGGACCAGAGUUUUCGUUCAAGACUCCACCGUCUCAACUCCCAAUAACUUUUGCUGUUGUGGGUGAUCUUGGGCAGACGGGUUGGACAUCAUCGACUCUAGACCACAUUGAUAAAUGUGAAUAUGAUGUUCAUUUGCUUCCUGGAGAUCUUUCAUAUGCAGAUUAUAGGCAACAUUUGUGGGACUCUUUUGGUGAGCUUGUGCAGCCUCUUGCUAGUGCAAGGCCGUGGAUGGUGACUGAAGGAAACCAUGAAAAAGAAAGCAUUCCAUUCUUUAAGGCUGGUUUUGAUGCUUAUAAUGCUAGGUGGAAGAUGCCCUUUGAGGAGAGUGGUUCAGGUUCGAAUCUGUAUUAUUCUUUUGAGGUCGCAGGGGUGCAUCUCCUGAUGCUAGGGUCAUACACAGAUUAUGAUAAGUAUUCAGAUCAAUAUAAGUGGCUCAAGGCUGAUCUCGCAAAGGUAGACCGAAAAAGGACACCUUGGCUUAUUGCCUUGUUUCAUGUGCCUUGGUAUAACAGUAACUGGGCACACCAAGGUGAGGGUGAUGACAUGAUGGCGGCCGUAGAGCCAUUGCUUUAUGAAGCCAAGGUUGACAUCAUGUUGGCUGGCCAUGUACAUGCUUAUGAACGUUCAAAUCGGGUGAACAAGGGGAAGGUGGAUUCUUGUGGAGCUAUACAUAUUACAAUUGGAGAUGGUGGAAACAGGGAAGGUUUGGCCCAAAGGUACAAAAACCCUAAACCUGAGUGGUCUAUGUUUCGGGAAGCAAGUUUUGGGCAUGGUGAACUGCAAGUUGUGAAUUCAAGCCAUGCAUUUUGGAGCUGGCAUCGCAAUGAUAACGAUGAGUCAGUGAGGUCAGAUCAGCUGUGGAUCCACUCCCUCACAAGCUCAGGAUGUGUCAGAGACAAUAGUUUUGAACGUAGGAAGAUCCUUUCAUCACCAUAGAUGGGAUAAGUAGUAUAUCCUGGUAUUGAUAUAGUAUGCGGUGUGUAUAAUUAAGUAUAGGAUAUUUGCUUUCUGCCAUAGGUUGCUCUCAUAGAUGAGAUUACUGAUGCAACUGCAUGUGCCAUGCUAUGUUUAUGCGUAUUGUGGUUCUAUCCUGAUGUAUCUUUUGUACUUAGGCAUGCCCCUCUUGUGCUUCUUUUCUGUGAAUGCAUGUGAAGAGAAUGCCUGGUGGGCUUACAUGGCUGUUUUGUACAUAAAUGUAUUUUCCGUGAAUGAUAAGGUAUAUGUUACUUUCAGAA